AUGGCUGAAAGAGUAGUUAGAGCAGGAUACAAUCCUUAUGUUACACCAAGUAAUAUUAUGAAGUUAGUGAAGAACAAAAAAGGAAAGUUAAUUCAUGUUAAACAGAAGAAGGCUGGUAGUUAUCAAAAGUGUGGAGAUUGCAAGGAAAGAUUACAAGGUAUUCUUCCUAUGAGACCAGUAGACUUUGCCCGACAGACUAAGUCUCAAAGGACUGUUAACCGAGUGCAUGGUGGUAGUAUUUGUGCUAAGUGUGUAGAAGGAAGGAUUCUUAAGUCGUUCUUCCAGGAGGAGAAGAAACACGUCAAGGAAAUAAGCCAAUAA